CACUUCCGGCGCCCGCACACGUGAUCCCGCGGCCCCGCCCCUCCCUCCUCACCCCUCCCCCUCCCCCGCGGGAGUCGCGGAGCUGCGGGUCUGACCCAGGUUGAAAGGGCCCCAGGUUCCGUGGGGAAUCCGUGCGGGAACGACGCCUAAGCCCAGCAAACGAGCUGGGCGGUGGCGUGCGGCGUGCGGCGCCGUUAAGGGCGCUGCCGCGCGCGCUCUCAGGCCGCCCCGAGUCCUGGGGGGACUUCGAAGGAGGAUCCGCGCCUGGGGCCAGAGAACGGGGCAGACGGGGGCACUGCCGGAGGCCGAGCCGACGCAGUGUCUCCAGUCGUAGGUUGGUGCCUGGGGUCGGGGACCGAGGUUUGGGCGCUGCCUGCCUGAGCGGAGAUCCGGGUUUGCCUCCGCCCCCGCUCAGGACCCUGACGCGAGUGAGGCGGCCCCGGGAGCAUGAGCGGGCAGCGCGUGGACGUCAAGGUGGUGAUGCUGGGCAAGGAGUACGUGGGCAAGACGAGCCUGGUGGAACGAUACGUGCACGACCGCUUCCUGGUGGGGCCCUAUCAGAAUACCAUCGGGGCCGCCUUCGUGGCCAAGGUGAUGUCCGUUGGAGACCGGACGGUGACUUUAGGUAUUUGGGACACAGCAGGCUCUGAGCGCUACGAGGCGAUGAGCCGAAUCUACUACCGGGGUGCCAAGGCUGCCAUCGUCUGCUACGACCUGACGGACAGCAGCAGCUUUGAGCGGGCAAAGUUCUGGGUGAAGGAACUGCGCAACCUAGAGGAGGGCUGUCAGAUCUACCUGUGCGGCACCAAGAGUGAUCUGCUGGAGGAGGACAGGCGGCGUCGACGUGUGGACUUCCACGACGUCCAGGACUAUGCAGACAACGAGCUCUUCCAGAAAGUGGCAGAGGAUUACGUCAGUGUGGCUGCCUUCCAGGUGAUGACAGAGGACAAGGGCGUGGACCUGGGCCAGAAGGCAAACCCCUACUUCUACAGCUGUUGUCAUCACUGAGUCACCACCGCUCAGCUCACCUGGCCUGGGGGGCUGAAGGGGAUAUUAAAGGGAUUGCCCCAGAAGAGCUAGACCUAGCUCUCAUCUGGGGUUGAGUGGUCAACUCUCUGAGCUACCCCCAGUCCCCAUGGCAGCAGGGGUGGCACCUGCCUGUGCUGGCCCAUGGAAUGGAGGCAGCAUUGGUCUGACUGAUGGGCACGAGGAGGGUAAAGGCUUAUUUGGACCCAGGCUCCUGCCCUGGACAGCACUUGUGUCUUCAGAUUAUUUAAGUGGCUUCUGAUUUGUAAAUAAAAUCAAUGCACUGUGAA